GAAGAGAACCCCGUGUGUUAAGCUAACAAGCAGGAAUGGCGGGGAAGGUCUCCUCAUAUUUUUGCUAAUUUCUCCUCCCCUACGUCUCCCACGGCCGCUAUUUUGCUGGAGAACAUAGGCCUACUCUUCCUCUAGGCCUGAGCAAAUUGGCAAGCCCAGGAAUUAACGGGAAAUAGAAGAAAAUUGCCCAAAUAUCGGACACAGUGUUGCAAAUUAGUGUUUGUUUUGGUUUUUGUGAAAAUUUUUUAUUUUUUUAUUUUCAUUUUUUUUGAGUGAAAUUUUUUUAAGGAGAAAAUUUUAAUAUUGAUGCUGAGAGAGAGAUUCACCACCACCACCACGACCACCACCGCCAUCAUGACUUGACUCCCGGUUCCUCCCUCUUUCUCUCUCCCUCUUCCCUCUCCCUCUCUCUUUAAUCCAAGAUGGCCGACAGGAUGGCACGGCGGAGGGUCAAGUUGUAUGCCCUGAACGCCGACCGCCAAUGGGACGACAGAGGCACCGGUCACGUGACUUCAGCGUAUGUGGAGAGGCUGAAGGGGAUGUCGCUGCUGGUCCGAGCGGAGAGUGACGGAUCUCUACUGCUUGAGUCCAGGAUUCAGGCAGACACAGCCUAUCAGAAGCAGCAAGGGACUCUAAUUGUGUGGAGCGAAGGAGAGAACUUUGACCUCGCUCUCAGUUUCCAAGAGAAGGCCGGGUGUGACGAGAUAUGGGAGAAAAUAUGUCAGGUCCAAGGCAAGGACCCCAGUGUGGAUAUAACUCAAGAUAUCGUGGAAGAAAGUGAGGAUGAGAGGUUUGAGGAUGUGACAGACUCGAAUCCCUGGGUGGAGCUGCCCCCUUGUGAGACUGGCAGGCUGGAGGACAUCAAUGAGGUGAUCAGUAACUGCCUGCACAGCCCCGUUCGGAGGGAGAAACUCGCGAUAGCCUUGGAGAACGAGGGCUACAUUAAGAAACUGGUUGCCAUUUUUCACGUCUGCGAGGAUCUGGAGAACAUCGAGGGCCUGCACAUGCUUUACGAAAUAUUCAAGAACAUUUUCCUGCUCAAUAAGAACGCGUUGUUUGAGAUCAUGUUCGCUGACGACACAAUAUUUGACGUCGUUGGGUGUCUGGAGCACGACCCGUCAAGCCCGUUCCCACGUAGACAUCGGCAGUACUUGAAGAGCAUUGCUAAGUUUAAAGAGGUCAUCCCUAUUGAGAACUCGGAACUCCUGAGCAAGAUUCACCAAACUUACCGAGUGCAGUAUAUUCAGGAUGUUGUGCUACCCACCCCUGCCGUCUUCGAGGAAAACAUGCUGUCUACACUAUCCUCGUUCAUCUUCUUCAACAAAGUGGAGAUCGUGUCGCUUAUACAGGAGGACGAGAGGUUCCUGAGCGAGCUGUUCCACCAGUUGAGCGGAACAGACGACGACAUCCCGGUGGAGAGACGUCGAGACCUGGUCUUGUUUCUGAAGGAGUUUUGCACUUUCUCUCAAACUCUGCAGCCCACAAGCAGAGAGGCGUUCUUCAAGACAUUAAGCUCCCUGGGGGUCCUGGGCGCCCUGGAGAUCACCCUUGGGCUGGAGGAUACCAUGAUCAAGGCAGCCUCGGUGGACGUCCUGAGCUACAUAGUGGAAUUCUCUCCCUCUAUGGUGCGGGACUACAUGAUGCAGCAACAGCAGCUGCACAAGACAGAGGAGGAGCAGUACUUGUUGAACAUCAUUAUAGAACAAAUGGUGGUGGAUUCCGACCCUGAGAUGGGCGGUGCGGUUCAAUUAAUGGGUAUCUUAAGAAUCCUUAUUGACCCAGAGAAUAUGCUGGCCACCGUUACCAAGUCCGAACGCGCUGACUUUCUCGCCUUUUUCUACAAACACUCCAUGCACUAUCUUGUCGCUCCCUUACUGUCGAACACUGUGGGGGACGAGGUGGGACGCGAGGACUACCCAUCGGCACAACUGCUGGCGCUUAUCCUUGAAUUGCUGGCGUUCUGCGUCGAGCACCAUUCGUACCAUAUCAAAAACUAUAUAGUGCAGAGAGAUUUAUUAAAGAGGAUAUUGGUUUUAAUGAAAUCUAAGCACACUUUUCUGGUUCUGAGUGCCCUUCGGUUUAUGAGGAAGAUCAUUGGAUUGAGGGACGACUUCUACAACAGGCACAUCGUUAACUCCAAUCUGUUCGCCCCUGUUGUGGACGCCUUUGUCAGGAACGAAGGGAGAUAUAACCUUCUGGACUCAGCCAUUAUUGAAAUGUUCGAGUACAUUAAAGUGGAGGACAUCAAGGCAUUGUGGGUAAUGGUGGUAGAGCGAUAUGGAGAAGUCCUGGCCAGAGUCAACUACGUCCAGACCUUCCAGGCACUCCGACUGCGCUAUGACCAGCACCAGGACCGCCUCAGGGACAGAGAGAGGGCCCCACCAUUGGACGGAGUCGGGGGAGUGGUUCGUGGUGGCGGUGGUGGUGGUGCAACAGCGGCGGCAGCAGGAGGAGGAGGAGGAGGGGGAGGAGGAGGAGGAGGAGGAGGAGGAGGGAGGUACAGAAGAGACUUGAGAGAUCUUGAAGAGGAGGAAGAGAUCUGGUUUAGCAGUGAAGACGAGGAGCUAGAUGGCAGAGAAGGCAUGGCUGUGUUACCACCUAGAGACACCUCUUUCCCCCCCAUUGAGAAGGAAACCGUGCAGGGUAACGCAUCACCGCCUCCAGCAUCUCCGAAGCAAACCACCACCACCACCACCACCACCACCACCACCACCACUACCACAACUGCAAAGACGUCUCCUCCAGCUACCACAACUACCACCACCACCACCACCACCCAGCCACAACUAUCUGCUACUAAUGUAAUUGCCAACCUAAGAGAGAUAAUCGGGUUAGGACCAUUAAAUAGUAGUAGUAAUAGUAGUAGUAGUAGUGGUGGUGGUGGUGGUGCAGCCUCGACCAAUCAGCAGCCUCCGUCGUCCGUCUGUCUGUCCGUCGCUGCUGCUGCUGCUGCCACUGGUGCAAGGAAAAAGGUUAGUCUUGUUGCCUAUGAUGAAAACUCAGAUGAAGAAGAAGAAGAGGAGGAGGAGGAGGAAGACCAAGAGGAGGAGGAAGAGGAAGAAGAGGAGGAAGGAGGAGGAGGAGGAGGAGGAGGAGGAGGAGGAGGAGGAGGAGGACCAGUUGCGAAAAGACCAAGAAUUUUAAGCGAGUGAGGAAGAGGAAGCUAUUCUCUCUCUCUCUCUCUCUCUCUCUCUCUCUCUCUCUCUCUCUCUCUCUCUCUCUCUCUCUCUCUCUCUCUC